UAAGCCCUAGCGCCUCCGAUAUACUCGCCUCUUGCCUCCAUUCUUCUCUAUUCUCUUCUCUUUCUCUUCUGGUCGCCGCCGCUGCUGCUUGGCUUUCUCUGAAAAUCCAUUUCGUUUCAUCGCAAAUCCGUGCUGAAGUUUUGAAUCUUUAGCCAUGGGUAAGGAAAAGGUUCACAUUAACAUUGUGGUCAUCGGCCAUGUUGACUCCGGAAAGUCAACCACCACAGGACAUCUUAUCUACAAGCUUGGAGGCAUCGACAAGCGUGUGAUCGAGAGGUUUGAGAAGGAAGCUGCUGAGAUGAACAAGAGGUCGUUCAAGUAUGCUUGGGUGUUGGACAAGCUGAAGGCCGAGCGCGAGCGUGGAAUCACCAUCGAUAUUGCCUUGUGGAAGUUUGAGACGACCAAGUACUACUGCACCGUCAUUGACGCUCCUGGACAUCGCGACUUUAUCAAGAACAUGAUUACUGGAACUUCACAGGCUGACUGUGCUGUGCUCAUUAUCGAUUCCACCACUGGUGGUUUUGAAGCCGGUAUUUCCAAGGAUGGGCAGACCCGUGAGCACGCCUUGCUUGCUUUUACCCUCGGAGUCAAGCAAAUGAUUUGCUGCUGCAACAAGAUGGAUGCGACAACUCCGAAAUACUCCAAGGCGAGGUACGAUGAAAUUGUUAAGGAAGUGUCUUCCUACCUAAAGAAGGUGGGAUACAACCCCGACAAGAUCCCGUUCGUUCCCAUUUCUGGUUUCGAGGGAGACAACAUGAUUGAAAGGUCAACCAACCUCGACUGGUACAAGGGACCGACUCUUCUAGAAGCACUGGACCAGGUGCAGGAGCCGAAGAGGCCAUCUGACAAGCCUCUCCGACUCCCACUUCAGGAUGUGUACAAGAUUGGCGGUAUUGGAACUGUCCCUGUCGGCCGUGUUGAGACAGGUGUCCUGAAGCCCGGCAUGGUUGUGACCUUCGGCCCGACUGGCUUGACCACUGAAGUCAAGUCUGUCGAGAUGCACCACGAAGCCUUGCAGGAGGCUCUUCCAGGAGACAACGUUGGGUUCAACGUGAAAAAUGUUGCUGUUAAGGAUCUGAAACGUGGUUUUGUUGCCUCGAAUUCGAAGGACGAUCCAGCAAAGGAAGCUGCCAGCUUCACCUCCCAGGUCAUCAUCAUGAACCAUCCCGGCCAGAUCGGAAACGGAUACGCCCCGGUGCUUGACUGCCACACCUCCCACAUUGCAGUUAAGUUUGCCGAGCUUGUCACCAAGAUCGACAGGCGUUCUGGAAAGGAGCUCGAGAAGGAGCCCAAGUUCCUGAAAAACGGUGACGCUGGAAUGGUGAAGAUGAUUCCUACCAAGCCCAUGGUUGUAGAGACUUUCUCAGAGUACCCGCCUCUCGGGCGAUUUGCUGUUCGCGACAUGCGCCAGACGGUCGCUGUGGGUGUGAUCAAGAAUGUCGAUAAGAAGGAUCCGACUGGCGCCAAAGUCACCAAGGCUGCUGCCAAGAAGGGUGCCAAAUGAAGUUUGCUGUCGCUCCCCGGUAAACAACGUUAUUAUUAUUCCUGCUGCUGCUUUAAUAUAUUACGUAUGAACUAUGUUUUCGUGUGCCAUGCGUUCUUAGGACAUUUUUCGUAUUUCUUGCUGUGUUGUUGUUUCCUUGCGUGCCGUCAUCGUCAGUAUUGGGUACUUGAUAGGCGAUGGCAAUUCACAACUUUGUGAACUCUGUUUUAUGUUUUGCCAAACAUAUGAUAUGAUUAUGAAAUUGCUUUGUCCUAA